GCCGCCAUGUUUGUUGUCGUUUCUUCGCGUAAGCGAACACGAAAAUAUCACGGCUGUCGAACAGAAAGUAACCUAUCGUGUUUACUUAUUCAUGCUAUCGCUACCGGUUUUUAAAACUUGAAACUAUGGAACUUUAAGAAUGCUGACAUAGCAAAACAUAUCAAACAUUGUAAACAAAUAUGGCAGUGAUAGCGGCAAUCGUAGCCACAUUUAUCAUUCUACAGUCGAUUUAUAUUGUAAAGAACUUAAAGAGAAUUUUCCCACCCAUUCGACAUAAGAAGUGGUACAAGCUUGCGCAGGUUUUAUGUCACUGCGGACCAGUAAUUUUGUUUAUAAUUGCAAGUAUAGUGAUAUAUUUUGUAAAGCUCAUAGAAAUAAAUUUUAAAAAAAGUAAAUCGAAAUGGAUUCCAAUUUUGCAUUCUGUAAUUGCAGUGUAUCUUUGGAUAAAUGUUACCUUUAACUACUUUGCUGCAAUGGUUACUAAGGCGGGAAAACCUCCCAGUCGUGAAGAGCUUAACCUCUUAAGAAAAAAUAUACCAGAGCACCUCGAUUACUGUUCCACUUGCGAAAGAGUGAGAACUUAUGGCACACAUCAUUGUCGAAACUGUAAUACUUGCAUUCGUAUGUUAUGUCAUCAUAGCUCUUUCAUAAACAACUGUGUUGGUUUAUCCAAUUUUGCAUAUUACUUUACUUUUCUUUGCUAUUCGUUUGUUGGAUUGUUAUUUGCUUUUUAUGUGACUUACUCAUCAUUUGAUGCUUGUUAUAUCCACGAUCACACACUCUCAGAUGUGUCAUUAAAGUAUCCUGCUUUAAAUUUAAGUGUAUGUGAAGACAUUGGUGAGCUACCUCUUUUUGUUAUGGUUAUUGUGGCAGCUUUGGUGAUAAUCAGUAGCUUGCUUUUAAUCCAUUGUAUUCUCUUGGCAGCUGAUUUAUCAUACAUUUCAUUUGUUAAACAUAUUCAAGAAGCAGUGUCGAUCAGAAAUUUUGUGUGGGCAUUAAUAAAGAAGUGCUUUAAAAAACAAAGAAGAAUCAAGUUUUCAUUUUUACUCAAAAAUCGGAGACAGUCAUGGAAGUAUUUUUUAUUUCCAUCGUUUAACAUAUUGCCAGAUGAAUUAACACUAGAUGAUUUGAUUGAAGAUGAUAGCCAAUGUUAUGUUCAAAUGAUUUAAUAAUCCCUGCAUGAAUUUUUUGAUUUAUUGAGAUACCAUUUAAUGAUGACCAUUUAAUGACCAUUUAAUUAGAACAAAUUUCCAAAUCGUUGAUUCGCAAAUUUAUUUUACAAGGUCUGGUUUUAAAAGAUUUAUCUUCAAUCGCCAAAUUUAUUUGAAAUUCUGAAAAUAAUUGCUUUUAAAGAAAUAUUAAUGAUGCUUAAAACUUAAAAAAGAGUCUCUGGAAUGAAUUGUUCCUCUUUUUAUCAUUAACAUAGAUCUGAAAGAAGACAAAAUGAGUUGUUGCAUGCUUAUUUAUAACCGUAGUGUAAAAACCUUUUUUCUCAGGAUGGAAUUUGAAAACAUAUAAUCACAAAGUCGCAAAAAUUUCAGAUAUCGCAAGAGAUAUUUUCAUGUUCUGUUUUUUCAAUUUGUGGAUUCCCAACAGUUUAUCCCAAAAUAUUCUCUGGUUUUUUAAAUUGGCGAAAAAUUCCUUUGUGAUAAUUUCUCAAAUUAAAUUAUUUUAACAGUAGAUUUAGCAUUAUUUUAAAAUUUAUAUUUAUAUCUUUGAUUAAAUUUCGAAAAGAUUAAUUUUCGCGAAUUUUGCUAAUUUAUGCAUAUUCGCAAAAAUAUUAUGUGUGCAGGAAAGUCAAUUCGCAAAAAUAAAUCUGCACGAAAUUACUUAACGUUAAUUUUUGUGUAGUUAUUAAAAAUAAUAACCAGCCUCCAUGAUAGGAGCAAAUUUAAUUAAAAACUACCUCAUCUGAACAAAUAGGCCUAAAAAUAAGUUAAAAUUGCGAAAUUUAACGGGGUACGUAAAGAUAGUUCAUCACAAACAACACUUAAAACGUUACAUUCGCGAAAAAAUUCUUUACGAAAUGUCUCGAUAUAACUGAUCUACGAAAAGUAAGUAAUCUUUGCAAAAUGCAUAUUUUUGUACCUCGCGAAAAAUGAACGACUUAAUUUAAUUCUUCAGGUUCAAGACAAAAUGUCAUUAAAUAACUAUACUUUUAUUAUUUUACAAACAGUGACUGCAAAAUUCAACACUCGUGGCAAUUUAGGCUUUUAGUUUUGUAUCUUUUGUGGGAUAAAGGUUAUUUUGUAUCACUGAACUGGCAAAUGCUUAGCAGGACAGAUGUUAUUUUUUAUACUUAGUUAAUCUAUUAAUCGGUCUUAAUCCGUCAUAGUAUUUUAUUUUUGUAUAUAUGUAGUUUUAGAUGCAAUUACAGAAAAUUGA